GUCAAACCUAAUCCACUCACCUAGUUGCCUCCUAUAUCCACCCCCUUCUCUAUCCAACACUCCAACAGUCAACACAUAUCAACACAGAGCACCUUCACCACAUCACAUAGCCUCGACACAUACCAGGCCCAGCACAGAACCAGUCGCAACCGUCAUGUCCACCUCCCAGACCUUCACUGGCGACCUUCGUAGCGACGCCAAGGAGUUCAACCGCGACAAGAACAGCAGGGCGAAGUGGGCGCAUGGCCAGUCCUUUGGUCCUGGACGACGCGUUGAAGAUGGCAAGCCUCGCCCUGCAAAGGUGCCGUAUCAUGUCAAGUCGUCUUACCCUGGCCACAUGAAGGCUCGCACUGCCCUACACAAGGACAUGGCCUACGCUAGUGGUGAUUCAUCCGCCGAUGAGGACGUUGACCACCCCUCCACUGCCCCAGACGCCGACAUCACCUAUUCCUAUGAUGCCCAUCGAGGCCCCAGUCACGGCAGCCAGAUCCUAAACGCCGCUCUCGAGAAGGCUGUCGAGCGAUUCGAGACCAAGGAGACGGAGAAGCUGGUCAAGAACGAAUACGAGGUGCUCGACAUUGAUGACGAGCCCCCGCGACCCAAGCGCUAUGUGGCGCCUGAGGAUGAGGAGUACGACUUUGUCGAUGCGUAACUCUUCAUGACUUGCUUCCUUCCUUCUUCCUUCACCCCUCUUUACAUUCGACUUAACUGGCGUUUUAUAUUUAGUACCGACUUCAUUGUCGACUUUUACAUGAAUUUGUACACUUGCAUAAUGGUUCAUGGCAGCAUCAAUAGGUGAGCGUCUGGCGCUUCUCUGAGGACUUGAGCAGCCCUAUACCCGUUCUGGCUUGCUCGCUUUUGCUUUGCUUUGCUUUUGCGUAUCAGGACGGUACAUUUGUUUACUGCGGGAUGG